UCGUCUGGCAAGACUGCGGGCACUGAGUCACCUGGCAAGACUGCGGGCACCGAGUCGUCUGGCAAGACUGCGGGCACCGAGUCGUCUGGCGGAACAGCGGGCAUCGAGUCAACUGGCGGAACAGCGGGCAUCGAGUCAACUGGCGGAACAGCGGGCACCGAGUCGUCUGGCUCGACAGCGGGCAUCGGGUCACCAGGUAUGACAGCGGGCACUGGGUCACCAGGCAUCAGGUCAUUUGGCUCGCCAGCGGGCACCACGUCAUCUGGCAAGGCAGUGGGCACCGAGUCACCAGGUACGACAGCGGGCUCUGAGUCAAUUGGCACGACAGCGGGCACCGGAUCAGGUACCGGAUCAUCUGGAUCAACAGCGGGCAUCGAGUCAACUGGCCUAAUAGGAUCAUCAGGCUGGAUCAGCUGAGUAGAGGCUUCAGGCUGAGUAGUAGGCUUCAGGCUGAAGAGAGGCAUCAGGCUGAAGAGAGGCAUCCGGCUGAACCACGG